AUUACAACAACAACUCGUUUCAUCUCGGUGGCGAGUGGUUUCGAUUUUGGCGAUGUAAACACAGUGGCAGUUUAUUUGUACGUGAUUUGAAACGGCGGUGUAGUAGUGAAGUGCGAAUUGGCCGACGGAGUGGAGUGUGGCCGUACCGUACCGUUGCCCCUGUUCGCAGUGCAGUGGGUCCGUCGGUUGGGACGCGGAGGUUGGCGGUGUGCUGGCCGUGAGGAUGUGAUGCACGUCCGACUCGCCCAGCCGCCGCAAUGUGCGAGGCGACGGCAAACCAAGCAGCCCCGCCGGCACAACAACAUCAACAACAGUCACAACAACAGCCAACAGCAUCAGUACAACCCCCACCUGAACAGCAGUUUUCGACAGCAGCGCAUGCGGCGACAGCCGCGGGAUCGGCCCCGUCAGGCUCGCAGGUCGGCUUACCUGGACCCUCCAGGCUGUCCGGACUUCUGGGCUCGACGAGCGAACGGCCCCCGCGCGAAGAGCUGACCCCCCGCGAAAUAGCACUACUGGCACGAGUCGACAGCCUUCUGUUUGGGGUUGUCAGAAUGCAGCUGCCAGAAAACCAGGAAAAAAAGGCUCUUCUAGAGAAGGGUGUCCGCGCCCUCGAACAGGUCAUCAUCGAUGUGCGCAAAGGCAAGGCCCGCCGAAAACGGAAACGGCGAUAUGAGCAUGAUGCUGAUGAUGAGAUACUGUCGUCGACAACGGCGGCGGCUGCAGCGACUAGUACUAGCCUAACUACGAACGAUGGAACUAAUGGAACCAUUAAUAAUACUUCUAGUACCACUAGUGCAACAAUGACGACUACCGCUGCUAGUACCAUCUCAACAACUGCAAACGAAUUUAACGCGGCGGCGCCAUCGGCAAAACGAACUGUGCCCCCAGGACGGACGGGUGUCAACGACGCCGAAGUGAACUCUUCGACUGAUGAUAGAACUUCUGUUAAAGACGAUCCCGCAGUGCUUGGAGUGAAGGAAGAGCCUAUGGAUAUUGAUGUGGAUGAGAGUAUACCUCGAGUGAACGGCCACGAUGUCGCUGAAGCUGGACAUAGCGAUGCCAUUAAUGAGGGUCAGCGUCAAGCGGAUGAAGAGGUAGCGCAGCUGACCGAGAUUCGUGCCAAUGGUAGCUGUUCACCGGAGACCGCAGGCGACAGUAAUAUUACUAACGACGCGACUGCCGAUUGUAGAAAUCGAAGCGGGUGUCCAGGACCGUCGGGACGAGAUGGGGUAACUGACCAGUCGGAGCCGCGACCUGAACUUGCUGAUGAAUGUGAGGACGAAUACCUAACCGAAAUACCGGUCGAGCUGUGGGCCAAGUUAGGCCAUUUGAAUCUGCUGCUGGAAGACUACGAGAAGGCAUUAUCAGCCUACCAGCAAUACUUUCAACGGCGAGAGGAUUCAUGGAAUAACAUAGCAUUCAUGUAUGGCUUGGCAAUGGUCUACUACCAUUAUUCGCAGUUUGAAUGGGCUAUCCGGGCGUUUCGUGAAAUUCUCUAUCUUGAGCCGGCAUUCUGUCGCGCCGCAGAGGUGCAUGCCCGUCUUGGCCUUAUGUACAAAGUUCGCGGUGACUUUGCUGAGGCUCAGCGUUGUUUUGAACACGUCGCUAGAGCGAUUCAGAGCAGUGAGAAAUUGUCGAUAUCAUUAUUUGAGCUUCAGUUCCAUCAGGCCCACCUGUGCGAAGUGCAAGGAAAGUUACGUCAGGCUAAGGAGCAGUACGAGGCCCUGCUGGAAAAUCCAGCAUUGCCGAGGAGCGUGAAGGCCGAGGUAUUACGCCAACUCGGUUGGAUGUAUCAUUCACAACCGAUGGAUGCUCUCGGACCACUACGAGGUAUCGGGCUGCCGCCUCUGCCUUCGUUGCCGUUGCCGCCGCACCAGCAGCGACAGACGCUCGCGAUUCAGUGCCUUCAGAAGAGCAUCGAGUGCGACCCGACGAGCGGACAAAGUUUGUACUUCCUCGGGCGGUGCUUUGCUGCCGCAGGAAAAGUGCACGACGCGUUCAUCUCGUACCGAAGUUCGGUUGACAAGGCGGAAGCUAACGCCGACACAUGGUGUAGUAUUGGCGUGCUCUACCAACAACAGUCACAGCCAAUGGACGCGUUACAGGCGUACAUCUGCGCCGUCCAGUUGGACAAGCUACACUCGCCCGCUUGGCUCAAUCUUGGCGUACUCUACGAAGCUGUUAAACAGCCUGCCGACGCGCUUAAAUGUUACGCCAACGCGUUGCAGGGCUCACUAUUCAGCCCUGACUCAAAUCUCAACACCUGUCAGAUACCCUAAAACGUCAGGGAACGCCAGCUUUCAUAAAAGAAGUUGUAGACAGGCGGUCAGAACGUGAGAGUGGCAGUUCAUGCUGCAUUCGGGAUUGCGGACAACUACUCGUACUCGGGAAAAAGGCUCAUCAUUGACAAAUGAAGAAUUGUAGACAGAUCUCGGGGCGGUAACCGAGGAUAUGCUGAGGCCGUUGUCGCUUUUUAUUACAACAAAUAGAUGCAACAAUUACAACAACAGCAACAACAAAUUAGACAAACGAAAGGGGAGAAAGGAUGUUUCUUAGUGAAAAAAAAAAAUGAAGAACGACAAUUACAAAGCCACGAAUUUUUGAGAUCACAAAACACUCAUUUUGCACGAAUGAAUGCGUGCGAAAACUGAAAAUUUCACACCGUCACAACAUUCGAAGACGUACUAGUUAGAUCGGCAAUAUCAAAAAUAAGUCUUAUAAGGCCUACGAAGUGGUCACUUGUUCUUUAGAGUUGAACGAAACUGGUUAGCGAUUAUAACAAUAGUGAACAAAUACCUCACACCCACAUUCGUGCAAACAUAGCCAUAUGAACCUAUUUAGAGAGACACACGUGACGAAAGAAAUUCAAAAACAAUGUAAUAUCCAUAGCAACGUAACAUCUACUUAUAUCUAGACCUAAAUAGCUUGCAGGCCUUCACCGACAUAGGAAUAACAUUGUGAGUGGACCACUUCUCCAUUUUGUGUAAAGGCUGUUCAUAAUGUUACGCUUAUUUGAGGAGAAAAUACGAUUGUUCAGUGGAAAUUAUGGUGAAAGUCUACGAAAAUUUAUAACACACAUAUACACGUCACAAAUUGACAUUCACAAAGAUACACAUAUAUAUACAUACACACCCUCACGCAAACAGACACAUACACAGAUUAUUUCAUAAACAGAGAAAUACAAAAAAAUGCGAUGAGGAUGACGUCAAACAAAGAAUGAAGACGUUAUACAGAUUGUACGAAUGAGCUUUCCCUUCCUGUAAUGUUAUGGUGUGGUGGAAACAGUCGCCAGCCUAUGGAGUUCAUACAGAUGACGAUUGUUGCCCAUGGAGGAGCGAAAGUUGAGAGUAAAAUAUAUAGAAAAAGAAUUAUUGAAAAAGAAAUUAACUAUCUAAGGAGAAGACGAGAAAUAUAAUGUCGAGGAAGAAAAAUGAAAAGCAUAUUGUACAUAAACACGCGACAGGCCCGCCAUGACGUCGCCGAAGUCGAGGUCGUGGUGUGGUUCACAUUUGUAAAUGACCUCUAGUAAAAAUCUUAAUCAUCGUCAA